AUGCAACAUAUUCCGUACAAGUAUGUCGAUGGCCACUGCGUUAAUGCGUUUUACAACGAUGACCUAGUUCGUUCAGCGCUCAACUACAAGCCAGAACCGGGCGACGUCUUCAUCGCGACGUAUCCCAAAUGUGGAACGACCUGGCUCCAGUUCAUUGUCUACGGGAUAUUCAAUCGCGGCUCCUUCUCCAAAGAUCCUGUAGAGUUCGCGCUUGCUUCGCCAUUCCUGGAAUUGCUGGGAGCCGAAGCCGCGUUCAAGAUGCCGCGACCUGGAGCCAUUAAGACACACAUGCCUUUCGGAAAGAUUCCAUACUCGAAAGACGCCAAGUACAUCACCAUCGCUAGGAACCCUUUUGAUGUCUGCGUUUCGUUCUAUUACCACACCACCGAAAAUACAACAUACAAUGUACAGGGCAUGACGUUUGACGACUACUUCGACAACUUCGUGCGUGGCACAGUACCCUUCGGAGAUUACUUCGACCACCUGCUUUCCUGGUAUGAACACAGAAAUGACUCGAACGUCCUCUAUCUGACCUAUGAAGAACUGAAAGGAGACACCAUGACGAAGAUCCUCAAGAUAGCUGACUUUCUCGGAACUGAGUUUGGCAGCAUGCUGCGGAAAGAUGACAACAUCAUGAAGGAGCUGCUUGACGGCUCUGCAUUCAAAAACAUGCAAGCAACUGUCGACAGCGGGAGUAGCGUUCUCCAUCGCCUGUUAGACUUGCCACCCGAGCGGGCGCUGAAGUCGCUGGAAGUGUUCCGGGAGCCCCUGCGGCACAGGUCGGCCAGCAAACGCCCCGUGACUUACUUGCGAAAAGGCAUCGUCGGGGACUGGAGGAACCACUUCUCUGAAGAGCAGGUGGAGAGGAUGAAGAAAAGAGUUAACGAGAAGUGUGGUCACACGGACGUGAUGAGUCUAUGGGACGGGAUAGGUCUUCCGCUUUAG